CACUCUCAGGAUCCUCUCUGCUGUUAGUAACAAAUUUGGAAAAAAUAAAUAAGAGAUUGGUUUACGGCUGGCAUGUGUAAAAAAAUUGCUUUAUCACGUUGAUAUAAGAAUAUGCGUGCAAAUGGCUUCAACAAAGAUCGAAUUCGCGGUACAUAUGACAUGCGAGAGAUGCGUCAAUGCAAUUUCUAAGAGUAUAGCUGAUUUAGAAGGCAUUCGAAAUGUCGACAUAUCGUUAGAACGCGGUACUGUCACUCUUGAAACAAAUCUACCUUACUUCGUCAUACAGGAAAGAAUUGAAAGAACCGGAAGGCAGGCAGUAUUGAAAGGAUAUGGAGGUUUAAACAAAGUUUUCUAUGUUAUUUAUAUGUAGUAUUAUUUUUUAUAUAUGUUAUAACAGUCAUGUUUCAUUUAUCAUUCCUGUACAUACCGGGAUU